AUGGACAACCUCAUCUUACCUCAUAAGCUACUUAGCAAGCGGCAGUUGAAAUGGCUGGCCCAGUUGAACAUCCGUUGGACCUCUAAGCCAGUCCUUCUUUUCUUGACAGCUGUAUUAUCUUCCGUUGCUGGUAUCAGCGCUUAUAACAUAGCAAAGCUAAUACAGAAUAUCAGAAACUAUUUGCUCAAACGGAGCAAAAACCGCCCUUUACAAAGAGGUAACAGAAUCGCAAAGCAGAUUGAGGUUCCAUACAAAAACUCUACCAUAUCCGUGGAUAUUCCCUACCCAAACUAUGAUCGGAUCAGCGUGGACAAUUUGGUCUUCAAGCAAUACAUUAAAGAAGAAAUGCUUCUCAAGGAUUCUCCAGGAGCCACUUCUUUCUGGAAAGCUAUCAACUCCAGAUUUUUAAAUAAACUGUUCAUUAUCUGGAAACUGAUUCUGAUCCCGAAAUGGUUAGAUAAGAACUCAUAUCUUCUCGUUGCCCAGUUAUCUUUACUAAUAUUAAGAACAUAUCUAACAUUGCUGGUAACCAAGUUAGAUGGAUCAAUUGUGAAGAAUCUCAUUGGUUUACAAGGGAAAAAGUUUAUCAGAGACAUCAUCUACUGGUUUCUUUUAGCUGUUCCUGCAUCCUACACAAACUCAAGUAUCCGCUAUGUUACCAAACGAUUGUCAUUGAGUUUUAGAACCAACUUAUUACGUUAUUGCCACGAUCUCUACAUGGAUAACCGUUUAGUUUUCUACAAGAUGCAGUUCAACACGAACGAGAUGUUGCCCAAGGAAUAUCAGCUGGAUUCGAAAUACAUCGACCAGUAUCUCACCGAUGAUAUCAAACAGUUCACCUCGACGUUGGCUUCUUUAUUUACCAACACUGGAAAACCUUUCAUGGAUUUGAUUUUCUUUGCAAUAUACCUUAGAGACAAUUUAGGAACUGCAGGAAUUGUUGGAAUCUUCACAAAUUAUUUCAUUACCUGUUGGUUCCUACGUUUGAAAGCCCCCAAAUUUUCCAAAAUGCUUAAGAAAAAGGCAAACUUGGAAGGUAUCUAUUACAACUAUAACCUUAACCUGAUCUACAAUGCUGAGGAAAUAUCUUUCUUUAAAGGUAUCCCUCUUGAGAAUAGAAAAAUCAAGAGUAUCUUUGGGGAUCUUCAGAAACAAAUUUUCAAGGAAAUGGUACAAAGGUUCCAUUAUGGGUUCUGGGAGGACUACAUUCUUAAAUACACAUGGUCUUGUCUCGGAUAUCUUUACUCUGCCAUUCCCAUUCUUCUUGCACCAACAUCUAAGAGGACAUCUAAUUCAUCCAAAAACAUGAAGAAUUUUAUUGUCAACAAAAGAUUAAUGCUCUCAAUGGCAGAUGCGGGUAGUCGAUUGAUGUAUUCAAUUAAAGAUGUUUCAAAAUUGUCUGGUUAUACAGACAGAAUCUUCACAUUAUUGCUGAAUUUGCAUCAAGUGCAUGAUAGUGGAUUCCAGUAUGGAUUAGAUUUGACCAAUGGCCAACAAACCUCCCUUGCAAGACUACCAUCUUUGAGGAUAUUGUCCUCUUUCACCAAUUUGAACCAUCUCAGUUCUCAAAACAUGAAGAGUUUAGGAUUCAUCAAUGGUAUCAUCCAGACCAACUACGAUGGUUUAAGAUUAGAGAAUAUCCCUAUUAUUGUACCUUCGCCUAAAGGAGCUAAUGGUCCGAAGUUGAUCGAAUCGCUUUCUUUUACAAUUAAGAAAGGAAACAAUUUACUGAUAAUCGGAAAGAAUGGAUGUGGAAAAACUGCGUUCAUGAGGUGUUUGGCCGGUUUGUGGCCCAUCUAUGAAGGCCUUCUAUCGAAACCUCUCGACUCUAACAUUAUGUACGUUCCUCAGAGGCCAUACUUCCUAUCCGCCGGAACUUUGAGGGACCAGAUCAUUUAUCCAUUAUCGAGUGAGACAUCAAAAGUGGAUGAUGAAUUGCUGAUUGGGUUACUGAAGGAUGUCGGAUUGGAAUAUCUGUUUGAAAGAUUCAAUUCCGAUUUGAACUUCAGGCCCUCCAUCAAGAACGACAAUGUUACGGCAAGCAACGGCACUGAAAGAGAUAGUGGAAACAUAUCCAAGAAUUCCUGGUUCAGCCUUUUGAGUGGAGGAGAACGUCAGAAGAUGAUCAUUGCCAGAGUACUGUUCCACAAUAAGACUUAUGUUGUGUUGGAUGAGCCAACCAACGCAAUUUCUUACGACAUGGAAGAUUAUCUUUUCAAGCUUCUCAAGAAAAGAGGAUUGACUAUAAUCACAAUCUCCCACCGAUCUUCGUUGGAGAAAUACCACGAUUACUGCCUCGAGCUUGUCAGUGACCUUAAUGAGAAGGUUGUCGAGCUGGACGACGAAAAGACCUCGGAAAUGCCAAUUACUACCCACAAGUGGAAAUUUAAAAAUCUGAGGGAAGACUCUGAUGAUUCUGAUAGCCUUGAUGAUGAGAUUUCAGACUACAGGCAUAAAAUUAGAGAUCUCUACAAGAACCACAGAAAUACUGAUAGCGAAGGAAGUUCGGUAGAGGACAGAAACGAGCUUGCUAAGGAGGAAAUCAAGAUCUUGAAGAACGAACUCUCCAAAUUGGAGGAACUAGAAAAACGCAAAUUAGAAGUCUUGAACUAUCUAGACAAUGAGUAG